AGUCAACUCACUCCCUAAAGUUCACCUAAAAGAUUCGGAUCAAAGAGUCGACUCAUCACAGCGACACAUCACUAGUGCUCAGUGUCCCGUUUUACCAGAUUGUGAAUGGUGUCCUCUGGUAAGUCUUCUCCUGCUCUCGUUAUUCUUACAUGUCUUAAAGAACCCAGAGAGAUUUCAGUAUGAUGACGUCAGACGAGAUCAAGUGUGAGGACGUGGAACCCGUGGCAGGUUCCAGUAGUCCGGAGCAGUCCUCUGAACAGCUGGAAAACGAAAUGCACAUCUGCUCACGGUGCGGAAAAAGUUUUCCAGACCAGAGUCACCUCCAAACGCACCAGUGCAUUCACACUAAAGGGAAGCCGUACCAGUGCUCGGAGUGCGAGAAGAGCUUUAACGACCGCAGUAGUCUCAUAAAGCACCUGCGGAUUCAUACAGGAGAGAAGCCCUAUCAGUGCUCCGAGUGUGGGAAGUGUUUCACUCAGAAAGGUCAUAUCACCAAACACCUCCAGAUUCACACCCAAGAGAAGCCAUAUCACUGCUCGCUGUGUGGUAAAAACUUUAAUUACCUCUGCAAUCUCCAGCGACACCAGCGCACUCACACGGGAGAGAGGCCCUAUCAGUGUUCACAGUGUAAGAAGAGGUUCAGUGAGAAAGACGGCCUCAUAAGACACCAGCGCAUCCACACAGGAGAGAAGCCAUACGAGUGUUUGGAGUGCGGGAAGAGUUUCACUGAACGCGGAAGUCUGUUAAAACACCAGAGAAUCCACACGGGGGCCAAGCCGUUCGAGUGCUCGUACUGCGAAAUGAGUUUCACGCAGAGGUGUAAUCUCCAGCAGCACGAGCGCAUUCACACUGGAGAUAAACCCUUUUACUGCCUCGAGUGCGGGAAGAGCUUUAAUCGGGAGACGGCUCUCCAGGUACACCAGUGCAGCCACACGGGGGAGAAGCCCUAUCACUGCCCGGAGUGCGGCAAGAAUUUCAGCGACCAGAGUAAUCUCAGACAACAUCGUCGCAUUCACACGGGAGAGAAGCCGUACAUCUGCUCCCAGUGCGGGAAGGGUUUUACACAGCACUGUCAUCUCCAGGUCCACCAGCGCAUUCACACCGGCGAGAGGCCCUUUCCCUGCCCCCAGUGUGGGAAGAGUUUUACACAGCAGUGUCAUCUCCAGCGCCACCAGCGCAUUCACAUGGGUGAAGUUGUAUCGGAGCUGAUAGUGUGGGAAGAUCUUUACAGAUCGAUGUCACCUCCAGGAACUCCAGCACCUUCAGAGAGCGGUGAAGCGUAUUGCUGUUUCCGGUGUUCUCCUCCUGUCUUCUGUUUUCCACAUCUCAAAUUCACCUCUGCAAGAACGUCAAGAGAUCCGACUAGGAUGAAAGUAUCUGAGAUUAAGCGUGAGGCUCCUGACCUCACAGAGAGCUCCGCUAGCCAACAAACAUCGUCCGGUUCUUUCUACACGAACUCCUCACACGCUCCGGCGCAGAGAGAAAUUCACCACUGUUCAGACUGUGGGAAGAGUUUCACUCGAAAGAGUCAUCUGAAGGAACAUCACCGGAUUCACACGGGAGAGAAACCCUAUCUGUGUCCGCAGUGCGGGAAGAGUUUCUCUGUGAAGAGCAACCUGGAACAACACCAGCAGAUUCACACAGGAGAAAAACCCUUCCUGUGUUCACACUGUGGGAAGAGCUUCACUCAGAAGAGCACUCUGAAAAAACACCAGCGCAUUCACACGGGGGAGAAACCCUAUCAGUGUCCACAGUGUGGGAAGAGUUUUAUCGAGAGAGGAAAUCUGAUUAAACACCAGAGGAUUCACACGGGAGAGAAGCCGUAUCGCUGUUCACACUGCGGGACCAGUUUCACAGAGAGGAGCGCUUUACAGCAACACUUACGCAUUCACACAGGAGAUAAACCGUAUCGCUGCUCAGACUGUGGGAAGAGUUUUAACCGAGGGAAUACUCUGCAGGUCCACCAGCGCAUUCACACCGGAGAGAAGCCAUAUCACUGCUCCGAGUGUGGGAGGAGUUUCACCAGACAGAGCAGCCUGCAGGUACACCAGCGCAUUCACACCGGGGAAAAGCCCUACUUCUGCUCCGAGUGUGGGAAGAGCUUCAGGGACCACAAGAACUUUCAGCGUCACCAGCGCGUUCACACAGGCGAGAAACCUUAUUACUGUUCGGAGUGUGGGAGGAGUUUCAGCGAUCAGAGGAACUUUCAGCGCCACAAACAAACACACACGGCUGACAACGAGGACAUGUUGGCGUUCUUCUGUUUCACUGGUGUCUUGUCUGCUCCUGCUUUCCUGUUUCCUUCACAUCGUAAUUUUGCCUCCACAUUACGAGACAAAACCGGGAUGAAGUCAGGCGAUAUUAAACUGGAGAAUCUGGAACCCACAGAGAGCUGCAAUAGUCACCAAGGUUCGUCUCGUAGUUUCUACGCUAACGCGUCUUACAGACGAGGAGAAAAAGAUAUUCACGAGUGUUCGUACUGUGGGAGGAGUUUCAAUCAGAAGAGUAGUCUCAAAAAACACCAGCGAAUACACUCGGGGGGGAAGCCGUAUCACUGCCCGCAGUGUGGGAAGGGUUUCAGUCAAAAGGGUAAUCUCACCGAACACCACCACAUUCACACCGGUGAAAAGCCGUAUCCCUGUUCCCAGUGUGGGAAAAGUUUCCGUCAAAAGAGCAAUCUCCAAAAACACCGACGUCUUCAUGCGGAAGAGAAGAAGCCAUAUCGCUGCUCCCAGUGUGGAAAAGGUUACAGUGAACCGAAUCACCUGAAAGAACACCACCAAAUUCACACAGGAGAAAAACCAUAUUCCUGUUCCCAGUGUGGAAAAGGUUUCAGUCAGAAGAGCAAUUUCCAGAAGCACCAGCGAGUUCACACUGGAGAGAAGCCGUAUUACUGCUCGCUGUGCUGGAAGAAUUUUAGCAGCCACCGUAAUCUUCAGAUACACCAACGCGUUCACACUGGAGAGAAGCCGCACCAGUGUCCACUGUGUGAGAAGAGUUUCGCACAUAAGAGUACUCUCCAACAACACGAGCGCCUCCACACCGGAGAGACUCCGUAUCACUGCUCCGACUGUGGGAAGGGUUUUCCACACAGGAACAGUCUCCGUCACCACCAGCGCGUUCACACUGGCGAUAAACCGUAUUGCUGCUCACAAUGUGGGAGGAGCUUUACACAGAGGAUAAGUCUACGACAGCACGAAUAUGUUCACACGGGAGAAAAGCCGUAUCGGUGCUCGCAGUGUGGGAAGUGUUUUACACAAAGCGGUACUCUCCGACAACACCAGCGCAUUCACACUGGAGAGAAGCUACAUCGCUGCUCCCAGUGUGGAAAAAGUUUCACCCAGCAGAAGAGUCUCAGACAACACCAGAGCGUUCACACGGGAGAGAAACCAUAUCAGUGCUCACAGUGCGGUAAAAAGUUCAAACGAAGAGCUCAUCUCCAACAACACCAGCGCCUUCAUGCUGGAGAGAAGCAGCAUUCCUGUUCAGAGUGUGUGAAGAGUUUUACUAGUCUGAGUGACCUCCAGCAGCACCAGUGUGUUCACACAGAUAUGAAUCUAUGAAUAUAUAUAUAUAUAUAUAUAUAUAAAAUUGUAUGUGUUUGUGUUGUAUCUUGUAUCUGUCUAAGCUUCUGUAACACAGGAAUUUCCCUCAUGUGAUCAAUAAAGUAUAUUUAUCUCUCUAUCUAGUGGAUACUGCAGGUCUCUCAGCUGUAAGAAGCAGUGUAGGACGUUUUCAGAAAUUCCACAAUGAACCCAAACUUAACAAAGCUGUCCAUUUAACACAUUAGUUCCCGGAAGAACACGGUGUCUGAUGUAAAUAGUAAAGUGCAUUAAUAAAAAAAUGGAGAAUAAAAAGAG